CGCUCUAGUUGCUGUUACUGGAAUACCCUAUUUGGAUCCACUUGCAAGUCGGAGAAUUGCACGGGGAAUCGGAGGAAUCACCCGUUCUGGUUGGCCAAUCGCUAGUCAUACUCAUACACUAAACUCAAGCGCUCUCACACCCACCGCACACUUACCAUGUUGCUCUUUCAUCUCCUCCUCCUCCUGCUCUUAGUCCCCGCUCUCUCCCAAUCCUGCGAGCAGUAUGCACUUCCUCAAACAUCCACAACCUGUCUCUGCCCCCCUGGGUUCUCAGGUCCAACCUGCUCUUUCCCCUCCUGCGGUGGGAACCUCUUCCAGGGCUCAACUCGUGCCUCAGCCCAGCCAGCACAAGGACAGCAAUAUUCCAACCUCACUUCUUCUGGCUGCACUUGCCAGUCAGGAUGGGGCGGAGAAGGGUGCAACGUCUGCCUGUCUGCUGGGGCUUGUCAGUCCGGCUUCUGGGCAAGCAACUUCAACACCACGGUUGGCCAGAGCACCCCAGACCUUUCGGGUGUCAGCCCUGAUCAGACGGGGAAUCAGACGAUAACCUGCAGUGCGGAUAGCAGAGUGUACACCAGCGCAGAGAUGAGCUGCGACGUUAACAACCCGACACUCCAGUCCCUCUUCCCCCUCCAAUCCUCACUCACCAUCCUGCGCGUGCUGAAUCCCUCCCUCUCUCUCUACCCCAACGUCUCCUCCCUCCCCGUACCGAACGCGACCAUCUUCGCCCAACUCUGGUACGCCGGAGUCGAGCAAUUCUUCUGCACCGCCUCUUCCUGCUCUCAGACGCUGGACACCAACGGCCCAGGAUCAACAGACUGGAUGUGCAACGACCUCGAGUGCCACUGUCGUGCUGGCACCGACUUCUGCGGUGCAACAGCAGCGAUGAACCUCACUGGGACUAUUGACCAGCUAGGAGGCACCCUAGAGAUUGCCUGCGACGCCGUCACCUCCAGCACGGGCGCGGGAUGCACUUUCAAGCAGACCACCCUUGACCAGCUGUUCGGUGCCAACGGGCUCAGUCUCCAGAACUGCAUAUUCGGGGAAUGCGUACGCCAGGGGGUGAUAGACAACGCCCUCGUUAACAGCAACGGGACCUCCACAACUACAGCUUCCUCCUCAGGUCUCAGCGGGGGGGUGAUAGCCGGUCUCGCCGUCGUAGGCGGUAUCGUGCUCGCUGCCAUCCUCCUCCUUCUCUGGGGCCUAUGGGAUCAGCGUCAAGCACGCAAGGGCGCCGCCGCCGGUGCAGAAGCUGCCUUGGCGACCGAGAAACCUCCAGGAGGGAUCGGACUCCAAUUCACCGACUUGACAUACAUCGUUCCCCUCCGCAGCAGGCUCAGCAUGUUCCUCCGCGGUCGUCGUGCAGCUCGCGAAGACGCGACUUCAGAGGACAACGAGCUCCCCGACGGGUCAGGCAAGUGGAUCCUCCGGAAUGUAUCUGGCCGGGUAGAGCCCGGGCAGAUGGUCGCUAUUCUAGGUCCUUCCGGAGCGGGGAAAACCACGGUCGUCGAGCUCCUAGCAGGCAAACGGAAGACCGGGCGAUCCUCGGGUUCUAUCACUUUCUUCUCCGGUGCGGAUGGCCAUCCCCUCGAGCGUAUCCCGAGAGUAGGGUUCGUAGACCAGGCAGAUAUCCUCCCCUCCCAGUUGACGGUACGCGAAACCCUGCUUUUCGCCGCUCGCCUCCGUUUGCCGGAGACGAUGCCCGACGCGUCCAAGCAAGCUCGAGUAUUCGAAGUCCUGGACCAGCUCGGCCUUUCCCACGUAGCGGAAACACGGAUCGGCUCUGGGGAAAGACGUGGCGUCUCGGGGGGAGAGAUGAGGCGCGUAUCUAUCGGCUGCGAGCUCGUCGCUAGGCCUGCAGUGCUCAUACUUGACGAACCUACGAGUGGGCUGGACAGCGUCUCUGCCCAGAAAGUCGCUAGUGUGCUACAUGACCUCUGCCACGACCCGCACAACCCUACGAUCGUCAUCGCCUCCAUCCAUCAACCAAGCUCGAAAUUGUACAGAACGUUCGACAAGGUCAUGCUCCUCUCUGAAGGCAAGAGUUUGUACUAUGGCGAGGGGGGCAACGCCGCGGCGGAGUACUUUGCAGGGAAGGGACUGCCCUGCGCACAGGGGUACAACGUCGCAGACCAUUUGCUGGAUAUUGCAAGCGCACCCCCUCCUUCGCUGAUGGACGCUCCGCCUGCCCAAGCACCAGCAAACGCGAGCACAGAGAGCAACGGGCUCCGGCAUACACCGAGCGAAGAAGGCGAGAAAUCCCUCCCUGCUGAUCACCCGCUCGCGUUCGCCCACAACAGAGCAGACGAGAUCCCCCCUCCCGGAGCAGGUAUCGACCGUGGCAAUCUGCGCACAUCAGGCAGGUACGCAGCGACUUUCCUCACGCAGCUCGAGGUGCUUUCUGGCAGGGAAUGGAAGAACCUGUGCAGGGAUUGGAGCUUGUUCUUUGCCCAUCUGGCGGUGUCGAUCGUUCUGGGCGUCUUUACGGGUGGCCUGUACUUCAAGACGGGAAUCACGAUUGCCGGAUUCCAGAGCCGCAUUGGGUGUCUGUUCUUCUUGGGCUCACUACUGAGUUUCACGGCUCUUUCAGCGUUGCACAACCUGAGUGUCAUCCGCCCGCUUUUCCUACGUGAACGCGCAGGCGGGUACUACAGCCCUACGGCCUGGCUCCUCUCCCGCGUCAUCUGGGACGUCAUCCCCCUCCGGAUCAUCCCCACCAUUGCCGUGUCCACGAUCACAUACUGGAUGACGGGGCUGAGUCCCACCCCGGCCAACUUCUUCAAGUUCCUCUUGAUCCUCAUCUUGUAUGCACUUGUCUUAACGCUCUUUAAUUUCUUCUACGCAGCCAUCUUCUCCAACGGUGGGAUCGCCAUCCUCCUCUCUGCUCUAUUCAAUCUCGCUCAAAUGACGUUCGCGGGCUUCUUCGUUCACCUCGAUUCUAUCCCGCCCGUACUUCGCUGGCUCCAAUGGCUCUGCCCGCUCAAAUAUACCCUCGAGGCACUCAGCGUGAACGAGGUCAAUUCGGGUCUUAUGAUCCAGGACACGCUCUCGGGUGUACCCGUCGACGUCUCCGCCCAGCUGAUCAUGAACCUUCUCUUCGGAUUCGGCGAUUCGAACUACUAUCGCGACGUGCUUGUUCUUUUCGCGUUCAUCAUUGGUUUCGGCAUCGCCACCAUCACUGCGGUCUGGUUCGGCUUGCGGGAGACGCGUUGAGCGUUUCAUCACUCUCUCUGGCUGUGUGAUUAUGUUUCUGGUUCGGGUAUAAUGACAGGUAUUUGUUCACUCGGACGCUACAUCGUACUUUGAUUUCAUAUUCGACAGGAUGGGGACUUUUCUAGAUGUAUUACUACGCAAUGAAUACCGU